UUCAUAUUUUAUUCCGAGCGGGAAGGGACGCCGGCAAAUCAGGAGGGAGUUGGAUUAGUACACGGUUGGUCUAUAUUACACACGGGCCCCCUACCCCCCCCCUGAGAGGUUAAUGGUGAAGCAUCCUCCUCCUCCUCCUCGGGCACCUCCUCCUCCUCCUCCUCCACUACGAUGAAGGAGAAGAGCAAGAACGCGGCGAGGAGCAGGAGAGAGAAGGAGAACGCUGAGUUUCUGGAGUUGGCAAAGCUUCUACCACUCCCGGCAGCCAUCACGUCACAGCUGGACAAAGCCUCGAUCAUUAGACUCACGACAAGCUACCUUAAAAUGCGACAAGUGUUUCCUGAUGGUCUGGGGGACGCGUGGGGGGCGGCGCCUCCCCAAACCAAUCCCAGAGAGACAGCCAUAAAGGAGCUCGGAUCUCAUCUACUGCAGACUCUGGACGGGUUUAUCUUCGUAGUGGCUCCAGACGGCAAGAUUAUGUACAUCAGCGAGACAGCCAGCGUGCACCUCGGUCUGUCCCAGGUUGAGCUAACAGGGAACAGCAUUUAUGAAUACAUCCACCCAGCUGACCACGAGGAGAUGUCAGCUGUUCUCAACCUGACGCCCCAGCCAGUAGCCCAGCCACUCUACGUCAGGCAAGAUGAAGAGGUGGAACGCACAUUUUUUAUCCGAAUGAAGUGUGUGCUGGCCAAGAGGAACGCUGGACUGACCACUGGAGGCUACAAGGUAAUCCACUGCUCUGGCUACCUCAAGAUCAAACACUAUACGCUCGACAUGGCGCCCUACGAUGCCUGCUACCACAACGUCGGGCUGGUGGCUGUGGGUCACUCUCUGCCGCCCUCUGCCAUCACGGAGAUCAAAAUGCAUUCCAAUAUGUUCAUGUUCAGAGCCUCGCUGGACCUUAAGCUCAUCUUCCUUGACGCUAGGGUUGGCGUGCUGACGGGGUUCGAGCCGCAGGACUUGAUAGAGAAGACACUGUACCAAUACAUCCACGGCUGCGAUAUGGUGCACAUGAGGUUCUCCCACCAUAUGUUGCUGAUGAAGGGUCAGGUCACAACCAAAUACUACAGGUUCCUAACGCGUGACGGGGGCUGGGUGUGGGUGCAGACUUACGCCACCAUCGUUCAUAACUCACGUUCAUCACGGCCUCACUGCAUCGUGGCGGUUAAUUACGUGAUCAGCGAGGUAGAGGCGCGAGAGGGGCGGCUGUCGUGGGAGCAAGUGGGGGGCGGAGGGCGUGGGGAGGAGACCGGCUGGGGUGAGACGGGGGCUGAAGGGACUUGGCGGGGGCGACUCAAAUGCCGAUCGUCCCCCUACCCGUCCCCUGCCCCUGCCGAGACCCUACACGAUCCCCUAGACGCCCCCCCUGCCCCACCCCUGCACUACCCAUCUCCCCUGGCGCCCCCUGCAUUAGCCGCGCCCCCUACCCCCUACCCGGACCCCCGCCUGAGCUGCUACCCCCCUGCCUAUGACGUAUACGACGAGCGGUACGUGAGGGGGGAGACGCAGCAGUAUGGAGGGUGCAGCGCCCCCUUGGACACCACCCCGCUGCCCCCUGUGGUAUCCUGUCACUAUUCCAAGGGCGCGGCGGGGGCGGGGUACGAGGAGCGGCCAUGGAGUCAAGGAUCAGGGAGCUCAACCGCGUCAGAUGAACCACGGCAGGAGUACCCAGCCACCCCCUCCACUACCCCCUCCACCACCCCCUCCACCACCAGCACACUCUACCCCCUUCAUGAGUACUACACCCACUACACAAACGAUAAACUCCAGUACACUAUUCCCACGCCAGAUAAAUCCCCCUAUGGCGAUAAGGGGCAGUAUGUGGCGUCAGCGGGGGGUGGCGGAGCGGGGUGUGUGAGGGGCAUGUACAGCUACGUGGACGCCGCCUUGGGUACCCCGGCGGAGACUGGCAUGGCGGGGACAAAGGGCCACGGUAUACCUCAGCCUGGCUACACGUCUGUUAUUGUUGACGCGCAGCAGUAUUAUGCACAGAAUGAGUUUGUGCAUUAGUUUACUGUGGGUAUAGGGACUCAACACACACAUACACACACACACGCAUACAUACAGCUACACAUACACAGGUACACACACUUUUUUUUUUCUCUUCAUACAAGCAUAUAUACACAAAUUAUGGGAAAUAUACAUGUAAUCUGCUUCACACACAUACACACACACACACAUACAGACAGAGGCACGUUUUAUACAUAUCAAAGCACAAACUGUUAUAGACGUGAUGACGUGACGAGACACAAACAAACAAAGGGAAAACAAAGGAAGGAACAAAAUGAAGGGGAUGAGAAUAGUGACAUGAAAUAAAAGAAAAAAGAAAAAGAAAAA